GUGAAGAAGAAAACAUGUCCUUUUAAAUCAACGUGAAUGCAUGCUUUACAGAUUGAUGUAAAAUAAUAACAAACAGCUUAAUCAUGAGGCGAGCAAACGCAGACAGCUCACAUAACAUAACCGUAUCGAUGGUGCACGACUUUUUCAACCUAUCCGCUCCAAGACCACAAACCGAUGUCUGUCCCAAAGUAAAAGGGAGACAGGCUGAUGAGUUUGAUGGGUCCACUAGAGAGAACGGGAUUAAUUUCAAGUUAAUGAAGACAGAAGAUCCUGAGAGCUAUAGUAAUGAACCAAAUUUACCAACAGAAGCAGAUUUUCCAGAGCUGAAUGAAGAGUUGGAGAAUCUCAAUGUUGAAGACAACACACCAAACUCAAUGCCUGCAAAAUUCGAGGAAGACGCACAUAUAUUUAGAAAUUACACCUUUGAACACACUUAUCCUACACAGUUGCCUAUUACACAGUUCCAAAGUGAGGUGCUCAGUACUAUUGAAAGCAAUUCUGUUACUGUUAUCCAAGGUGCAACUGGAUCAGGGAAGACCACUCAGGUGCCACAGUACAUCCUAGACCACUACAUAAAACAGAAACGUUACUGUAAUAUCAUUGUCACUCAGCCCAGACGUAUCGCUGCAAUCAGUAUUGCAAAACGAGUAUGUCAGGAACGUUCAUGGGAACUGGGUGGCCUGGUGGGGUAUCAGGUGGGACGAGACAGGACAAUCAGUGAUGAUACUAGGAUAUCAUAUGUCACAACUGGAAUAUUACUGCAGAAGUUGAUCUCAUUAAAAUCUCUCAACGAGUUCACUCAUGUUAUUUUAGAUGAGAUACAUGAACGCGACCAGGACACAGACUUUGCUUUGCUCAUUGUGAGAAAACUUUUGAGAACAAACUCCAAGCAUGUUAAGGUGGUUCUGAUGUCUGCCACGUUAGACAGCGAUAUGUUUUCCCGAUAUUUUUCGCUUCCUAUCAACGGACGUUUGGAAGGAGCCCCAGUUGUUACAGUCGAGGGAAGGUCAUAUCCCGUUGAGGAAUAUUAUUUGAACGAUAUCAUUCAUGCUGUACACAAGAGAAGUCUACCACUAUUAGACCCGGGUGAACCAGGCAUUGAAGAGGAACAAUACCACACCGCUGCCUGUCUAAUUGGCCAACUGGAUGCCUGGGAGAUUGAUGCACAGGGCGCGACAGAUCACGGCUUUGCUGCCGAAAGAGGGAGCGUGUUGGUAUUUCUACCGGGAAAAGAAAAUAUCAAAGAUAUGGACGGAAUUCUUGACGAUGUUUGCCGAGAAAGACACAUCUGGAUCUUGCCCCUGCAUUCUGAAAUUACCAGCGAAGAGCAAAGUCGGGUGUUUCGGAAACCGCCAAAGCCAGAGGAAGGACAGCCAAGAUACCGAAAGGUUAUUCUGUCGACAAACAUCGCUGAAAGUUCAAUCACAGUACCCGAUGUUAGAUAUGUCAUCGACUUUUGUCUUGUCAAAUGUCUUUUCUGCGACCCUGAAACGAAUUACCAGAGUUUGAGAAUGCAGUGGUCGUCUCAUGCCUCGGCGACCCAGCGAAAAGGUCGAGCUGGUCGUGUAUCUGCAGGAAAGUGCUUCAGAAUGGUCACAAGAGAAUUCUAUGAAAGAUGUAUGGAUCCUUACUCCGUUCCGGAGUUCAAACGAGCUCCGUUGGAACAAAUUAUUCUUAAAGUCAAAUUAUUGGAUCUUGGUUCCCCAAAAGCCAUCUUAGCUUUGGCACUUCAACCUCCUGAUGUCCGUGAUAUUGAGAGAACAAUCCUGAUUCUGAAAGAGCUGGCUGCCUUGACAAUCAAAAUGAGAAAUGGUUUGGUUAAUCCUUACGAUGGAGAACUGACAUUUCUUGGCCGUGUCAUCGGUGAAAUGCCUUGUGAUGUCCGAAUUGGGAAGUUGCUCGUGUUAGGGCACGUGUUUGGCGUUCUGGAGGAAGCUAUCGUUAUAGGCGCUUGUCUGAGUCAAAGAUCAUUCUUCUCUCAACCGUUUAAGCAAGAAUUGCUCUCUUACAGGGCGAAAAUGAUGUGGGCCAACUCGUCACAGAGUGACUGCCUUGCAUCGCUUAAUGCUUAUAAAGAAUGGCAGAAACUUAAAGGAACCCGAGGUUUUGGAAGGAAGGGCGAAAUUGGCUGGUGCAAAUCCAAAUCUAUUCAACGGAACAGAAUCGUGGAGGUGGAGAAGGUUGUCAAAGAGCUCACUGAGAGAUUACAAAGAUUCAACAUACGCACAUUCCGAGGUUUGCACCAAAGGAGACGUGACCUCAUACAACACGAUGAGCUGAUAAUAAAGGUCGUGAUAUGCGGCAGCUUUUAUCCGAAUUAUUUCACGUCUGGUGAAAUUGAUGAACGCGAAGCUCUGAAGACCAUGUCAGGACACGAUCCUUUCACCACAGUCAUGGUGAAAGGUCUACCAAUCUACGGACAGCAUUAUAGCAGUGCAAUUGCAAGAUUGUUCAGGCCUUGUGGCAAAGGAAAGAACCUUUACUUUGAAGGAAGAAGAGCUUAUAUAGAAUUUGAAAGACCACAAAACUCGAACAACGUUGUCUUACAGGCGGUCUAUCUUGCUUUGAAAAUGAGGCAUCUCCAAAUGCCGCUGGCAUUAUAUAUUGCGGAAGAUGGUCAGAAACGAAUGAUUGAGAGUACUGCCAAAAGUGUAGCCGCACAUCGCUCGAGAGCGUUGAGAACUGACAGAGUAAAGGCUCCGAUUAAGGAUUCCACUGGCGAAGUACCACAAGAGAUAGAGUUACCAGACAUUGACUUUAUGGAUCUGUGUGUUUCCGAGGUUAUUGAUGCUGGCCAUUUCUGGGCUCAACCGGGUGAAAGCGAAAAUGCAGCCAAGCUUCUUCAACUAAUGUCUGAUAUUAAUGAAUAUGAUGGAGCGCAAUUGGAGCCAAUGCCAUCGUAUGUUCCACCCGGUUCGCUUUGUUUGGCGCUGUUUCCUGAAGACGAGAAAUUUUAUCGUGCGGAAGUCAUCUCUUGGAAGAACGGUCAAGUUGAGGUGAAAUACGUGGACUAUGGAAACAUUGGUUGCGUUCCUAUUCAUUUUCUGAGGAAAAUACGGAAAGAACACACUAAGCUACCGUUUCAGGCAUUUAAAUGUCAAUUGUGUUUUGUCCGUCCGACCUUUGGAAAGUGGGACAAGGAGGCGAAUGAACGAUUCAUGGAUCUAACUUUAGGAAAGAAACUGGUGGCAAAGAUAUUCUGCAAACUUCAUGGAACACUCCAUGUGGAUCUCAUCGAUACGAUUACCUCAGAGGAAGAGGACAUUCAUAUCCACCAAGUAUUAAUUGCUGAAGGUUAUGCCCAAGAAGCUGACGAAUCGUACGAUUCUAUUCGUGCUCACGAAGACGCAAGGGCUCGCUUGGAAAUAAGAAACGGCGAAGGGUCUAACAAUGACGACAAUGACACAUCAGGUUGGCUCGAGUCAGAUUCAACUUUGGCCGAAGCGCAGUUGACUGGGAACUACGAUCGUCAGGAGGGAAUGGUUACCAAGGUAUCACUUAGUGGUCCGUUUAAUCCAUAUGAGAUGCAGUUUUACAGUAUGACUUGUAUUGGAAGACUUAGAGCUGCAAAGGUUGAACGGGACUCGGUGAACAGCGUUGCUCUGAAUGAUGAACCACAGGAUAAACACGACCGUUUUCUGGUUGCUUCAAACAUCGGUAUAAAUGCCACGGGGACGAGUAUGAUUGCAAGAGAGACAACGUUGAUGCCAAAUAUUCACGGCUUGGCAGCUGUCGUUGGCCUCGUUUUCGCUCCUUGCGCUGAGUUCAGGACAGAUAAAAACAAGGACCGCUAUACGGGUGCGAUUAUCGGCUUAGGUCCAGACCCCAGCACCGGGGAGGCCUUGCUACCUGAUCAUGACAUUGAGUUAACUUUUGAUUUCGGGUUCACACAAGAUGAUUUGGCGAAGAUCAACUCUGUUCGAAGUGCUAUAAAUAUUGCUUUGGGCUCGAAUGAAUUCGUUGCUGAAUGGGGAUCAUCCGCUGUGCAGAAACUGCAAACGAAUUCCAGACGACUUUUACUUGAGCUAAUUCUGAGUUCUCGAGACGACCGGGCAAUGUGCCCUAGCGGAAAAUCGUACCAGUGGAAUCAGAUCGACAGCGACGAUUUAUUCUCUCCCUAUCAUCAAGCAGAGCUCGAAGAUGACCAACCAAUUCUGUAUCCGCUUCACUAUGGCGUUGCUGUUAAGGAGGCUACAUACGCUGACACGACACCUGAUCACAUCGUUCAACGAAGAAUGCAUGUUCAAAUGCUUCACGAAAAGUCAGGCGGGUCAUCUCAACCAUUCCCCGAAACGAUUGUGUGUGUGUUGUGCAACGUACGAUGCCGUCAUCCUCGUGGUCUUCGUAUGCAUUUACAGACGAGAGCACAUUGCUCGGAAGAGAGAAUUCUAUUUGAUGAUAGAUACGUGUUCAACCACUAGCUUAUUGGCCUCCUUGUAUCCUUCGUGUGAUAUUCCGUGAAGUGUAUAUAUUGUUCUUUGUUAUCUAAAGUGUCAAAGUUGAUAUAUUUUGGUUAACCUGUGAAUAUUUCACUAUAUUAUACGCGUGUUUUGGAGAGUACACGGUUCCCAUUUAUAGCAGACCACGUUUUGUUUUUAACCCGAAAAGGCAGGGGAAUCCAAAACCACAACUAGAAAUAGCAUCCUAUAGAAUGAGCAAAACGUCGAAAGUUUGGUUCCAAGCAGUUGCAUGCAUGCAUGCAUGCAUGCAUGUGGUUGCACAAAUUUGAUCAACUGUACGACUUUUUCACUUUUAUAACAUUUGGAAACUUAGUUUAAUCUUUGUAUGAAGUUUUACCCCGGCGUUUUAAGAUACUCUCCCUAGCUGUGGUGUUGGGUUUCAUCAUAAUAGGCGACUCGAUCAAAAUUCAAUUGCAGAACAUUUACCUCAUUUUGAAACCUAAUUAGUGCCAUGUUUUUUAAUUUCACCUCAUAAAGUAUAUAUUGCUACUUCAAAGAAUGUCGUUAUCUCUGAUUCACGACACUGCAUGUGCAUGAUGAGAAUUUGUGCUUUUUUUACUUUUUUUUAUAAGCCGUAAGAUGCAAAACGAUAAAACGUUGUUUUUAGUAAGGACGCAUGCAGUCACGUUUACUGAUAGAACGUUUUUCUGAUAAACAUUAAUUGACGUGGUCUGUUGUUGAAGUUUGAAAUUGUUGAAAUUGAAUGAUGCAGAGUGUAUAGCUACGUAAGACAACACUCAUAAAACAUCAUUACAAUAUCGGACUGUCCGUCAAGUGCAUGACAUAGAUUAAUCAUGUAUAAAAGAGAGUAUAUAGAUAAAUGACAAAAAAAGUUAUUAUGUUCUGUUAAAAUGCUGUUGUAACUCCAGCAUUUAAAAAUAUAUAUAGACCUCGCUGGUCCGGACCCGAAAUCUUGAAACAGUAUUCUUAUGCAAACCUUUGAUGCAUUGAUAUGUAACACGUACACUGUCAUUCAAAGAUAUUUCAAAUUCUAAAAGUUUGUUAGAAACAUACCGUUACGUACUUACCCCGUUGUUUUCGUAAUUGAAUUACAAUGGUGUUUUUACAAAGGCAGCUUUUCGCACGACCCUUGAACCGCACACACGUUUGAGAUUUUUAACAGUAAAAAGCACUAAUAUUAUAGGACUUUCGAUACACAUCAGCGACGCUCGAAUAUAUUCGUGAAAAGAUGCCUUGAAGCCUUUUCCUACGAACCAUACUUGACCUCCUAUAACAAUUGCAAUUUUGUUUAAAGUUAUUACGGUCCUACAGGGCCUCGUAUUGAGCGCACAGUCGGCAAAGUAUUUGAACACUUGUUAAAUUAUUUUUGCUCUCAAAAGCAGACGAAUGUAUAUCCCAGGCAUGGAGAGUAAUCUUGUGAUAUUAAUUCUGCACUCUUCUUUGAAAAUUCUCAGUGGGUAAUAGCUGUGUCCUAACCACAAAAUUAAAGUUCAGCUUUGCUAUUUUUAGCCAUUACGACCUCUUUGUGAAUUCACUGGGUUUUUGAGCUUGACGGACUAACCGUUCUCGAGUGUUGCGGAUAUCAAAGGCUUCUUUAUAUUCUGGCGGCGUCCGUCGACAAUUGCAUGUCAAAAUGGAAGCUGUGUCACUUCGUCAUGCAUUAUGGCUUAGGUUUUACGGCAAUGUCCGACAAGUACGUCACGUGGAAAGAAACCGUUUACUGUGG